UUCUGUAGGACUUAAUAGGUCAAGCGUCUUGUUCGUUGAUUCAUCCAUGUAUCACACACAAGAUGUCAGAUGCGUUGGCACAAAAGGAUUACGUUUCAAAUACAGUAAAUGUAUCGUACAUAUUGCAGUACGCGCUAUAGAUGAAGAGAUGCAAGUCCAAGAGGCUAACGGUAGAUGGCGCAAUGGUAACGCGGCUACGGCCUACCCAGUUGCUACGAGCAACAUCCCUUAGCAACGAGUACUUCCAGACUUCAGGAAAAGUUUGAAAACACAAGAGAGUACCUGCCGACAUAGUCGUUGUUUUUUAAAAAGUUAUUAAUUAGAAAGAAAUAGACGUUUGCAACCGCAUGCAAGAGACGAGACGAAAAACCUGAAUCUAGAAGGAGAAGCGCAGCACGAGGGUGAGCUCAAAUCAAAAUUACUCCUUCACUGGUAAAGCGGCUGAUUGACACCAGCUACACGUUUUUUGGAAAGGAUAGUUGGUAAAGCAAUGAAUUCAGCACCUGCAUCUGACUGGCAAUCUGACAAAUCAGCGCAACUUUUUCACACAGUUAAUGAAGUGUAUGGCCUGAGUAUCGAUCCACAGUCCAAGAAACGAGAUGAACUAAUUGAGGAAGUGGAGGACCUGCUGAAAAAAUAUAUUCAAGAAGGUGAUCGACAAGCCAUUUUUUUGCUGGGACAACUCUAUUAUGAAGAAAGUAGAUAUGAAGAAGCCUUUUUGGAGUUUGCCAAAGUCAAGGAUACAGACCUCCAAGCACUGUACCAACUGAGUGUGAUGUAUUAUGAUGGACUGGGAAUCAAAGCAGACUGCAAAAAAGCAGUGGAGUAUAUGUCAAGGAUUUCCACAACAGCCUCUUUAAAAACUGAGCAUUUAAAAUAUGCUGCAUUAUACAACUUGGGGCGAGCAUAUUUUGAGGGCUUUGGUGUCAAACAGUCAGAUGAAGAAGCAGAAAGAUUGUGGCUUCUUGCAGCAGAUGAUGGAAACCCAAAAGCAAGUAUAAAAGCUCAGACUGCCUUAGGACUGUUUUACUGCCGACCAGAUACCUUGGACUUGAAAAAGGCCUUUUUCUGGCAUUCAGAAGCUUGUGGGAAUGGAAGUCUGGAGUCCCAGGGUGCAUUAGGAGUCAUGUACCUUUAUGGAUAUGGUAUUCCCCAAGAUACACAAGCAGCAUUUGAGUGCUUGAAAGAAGCGUCUGAACGAGGAAAUGUUUAUGCUCAAGGCCACCUCAUCACCCAUUACUACAACAAAAAGUUAUAUUCAAGAGCUGCAGAACUUGCCAAAAGGAUGUCAAAAUAUGAGAAUAUACCUGAGAUUGCUAGAGCAACAGAUUGCCGGAUUGACUACAUACGGAAAGGUUUGGCAAUUGCUUUGUUCUAUUAUGCAAGAUGUCUACAGCUGGGCUUGGGUGCCACACAGAACAGCAAAGAAGCUCAGUAUUACUACAGCAAGGCAGCCCUUCUUGAUCCAGAUGUUGUUGCAGACCUUCAAACUGAAGUUAAUCAUGGGAUUCUUUAGGGCAUUGUACCCGGAUUUCGCCAUUUGAAAACUCAAACAUGUUUCCAAAAAGUAAAAUUUCACCAUUUCCCUGUU